UGUUGAUGGCGAAACGAGUAGGUAAUACAGUUAUAAAAAUGGCGGGAGAUGGGAAAAGCUUGUAUACUCCUUUCAUGGCGGCCGCUUCUACUGCUGUUUCUCAGCGUAUUGCUAGUGUUGAUUUUGUCCUUGAUCUUCGAGAUGCUCGGAUACCAUUGUCAUCAGAAUGUGAGCUACUUAGGAGACUAUCUACUUCUUCGUCGUCACGUCGCCUUGUAGUUUUAAACAAGGUGGAUCUUGCCGGUCGUUCAAAAGUUAAGGAAUGGACAAGGUAUUUCGAACGAGAAAGCUUUCCAACAUUUGGUGUGAAUGCACAUAAUAAAGACAACAUUCAAGAGUUCCUAGGCUUUUUGCAAAGCCAAGUGAGAGCUUUGAAGAAAUCGGAGCCUGAAAGGCAUACCAUAACAAUGAUGUUGGUUGGAAUCCCCAAUGUUGGGAAAUCGGCUCUUGCAAAUUCCUUGCAUCACAUCGGGCGGAUUAGUGCUGCAGAGAAAGGGAAGCUGAAGCAUGCAGUUGUCAGCCCUAUUCCCGGUGAGACGAAGAGUAUAUGCAGCUUGAAGGUUGUUGAACACUCAUAUGACCAACAUUAUAGUACUUCUGUAACCAGUUUGUGUCCUGAUGAACUGAUCUUGUGUUUCCAGGUUGCUAGCCAUCCUAGCAUUUAUAUCUUGGAUACCCCCGGCAUUCUACCACCACAGUUAAAUGAUGUGGAAGCCUGCGCCAAGUUAGCUUUAACAGGAGCUCUCAGAGACAAUUUAGCAGGCGAGAAAGCACUUGCACAAUAUUUUCUUUCUGUCCUAAACUUGAACCAUGAGUACCAGAAAUGGGAGAAGCUAUGUAUCCAUGAGCUUCCCGUUUCAGGAAACAAUGACAAAACCACAACACCAGAAGUCAUCACGGACCAUACUCAGGAUUCUGUAGUACUCUCUGUUCGUAGAAGCCUGUUUGAAGUUAAUUCAUCCUUCAGAGGUAAUUUACAAGAAGAAGAGGAAUUGUUAAGGCUAAUAAAAGCAGAGUUUGACGUUUUGAAAAAGGCUUUAAAAUUGCCAGCAGGGUCAGAGGACAUUGAGCACAAAGUUGCAGUUAAAUUACUGAAUCUUUUUCGAACCGGGAGACUUGGUCAUUAUAUAUUAGACUCCAUACCUGUAAAUAUCGAAGAUGUCUAACCUUAAGUUUGGUAAACCAUAGUUUUAUGUUGAAGAUCUACACAUCUACUUAAUCCAGUAUGAGCAGUCAUGGCAGGGGUUUGGUUUUCAGGUACCUUGACUGUUUGUAGACUUUGUACGGAGUAUAUUGUAUAGACAUUGGGUAACUUGAUAAAAGCCUAACAGGCAAUCAUAUUUCAUGUAUCUCUCUUCUACUCAAACGAGCCUGAAAGCAUUACCAAUUACCUCCUGUCUGCACUUUUACAAUGCAUUCCUGUAUAAACUGCUAAAGAAACCCAACCAAACUGAAUCAUUGUACAGAUAGAACAAGCAGUAACAAAACUACUCCAAUAUCUUUUAUAUAACUCACAAUAAUAAUCCAUCCAACUCCGACUGGGUCACAAUUUCAGAAAUUCCCAGCAAGGACUUAAAACUCACACCAAGGAGAGUACUUCAUUAUUUGAGUGAGUGCAGACUGCAGAACAUGAAUAAAUCCCUUUGCAGCAUUAUUUCUGCCAUCUUAUGAAAUUGAUCCAAGGUAUCCCAACAAAGAACAACCAUUUCUCAGAAUAUACUGAAAAAAGGCACUCAUAAACCACAUAACUUCCUACUAUCAUAACACCCGCUUCAAAUUGGCACCAAUUCCAAGUGCUUGACAGACCGCCACAAACCCCACCCUGCUCUAACAACCUAUACUACCCAUCCAUCUUCAAACCUUUAGUGGGGUUAGGACAAAACCACAGCCUGAACUGCCAGGGUUAAUUCAACAGGCUAGGCCAGUCUUCUAUUUUUGGCAGACUACGAAAGCUGAGCCAUACCUCAAAAAUAGCAUCAAAUCAACAGCUCUUCUAAGGCGACCAUAGAAGUAUAGAUCCUUUGCCAAAUUUAGGAGGUGAAAUGGAUAGAACGCCUAA